AAAAACAAAACAAAACAAACAAACAAUAGUCCUCUUAUAGUUGAACUGUUCAAGUUGUUGGCAUCUGUCAAUCAUCAGGGAAAAAAACCCGCGGAAAUUUGAGAUUGAGAGGGAAAAAAAAAAAAAAAAAAACUGAAACACUUGGACUAUAAAUCUAGUCAGUUGUCUUUGUCGGAACAAUGGUUGCAGUUAAUUCAAGUGAGGUAGGUAGUACUAUGGAGAGAGAGCGAGAGAUAGAGAUGGAAGUGGACGAGGAGGAGGAGGAAAUAACAGUAGUGGUGGAGGGCAGAGAUAAAGUGAAGGGCCCAUGGUCUCUCGAGGAGGACACCAUACUGAGUCGGCUCGUGAGCAAGUUCGGCGCCAGGAAUUGGACCCUCAUUGCUCGCAGAAUCGCCGGCAGAUCUGGCAAGUCUUGCCGCCUCAGGUGGUGUAAUCAGCUCGAUCCCACAGUCAAGCGCAAACCCUUUACUGUUGUUUCAGAUGAGGAGGAUCAGAUCAUAGUUGCAGCACAUGCAAUUCAUGGAAACAAAUGGGCAGCAAUCGCAAGGCUUUUACCAGGAAGAACAGAUAAUGCUAUUAAGAACCACUGGAAUUCUACUCUAAAGCGUCGGCGGAUGGGGUUUGGCAAGAUUAAGUCAGAAUCUUGUAAUAUGGUUGAAGAUAGCUUAGACAAAACCAAGGCAUCAUCUGAAGAAACCCUAUCAUGUGGGGAUGUCAAUUCAUUCAAAUCCUUGGAAGGAAGAGACAUGAGCUCUCUAGAAGAUAUGAAUGAUCAGAAUGAAGACAAGGUGCCAAUUGAGGGUCAUUUUAGUCAUGAAGUUAUAGACCAAUCUACUCUUUUUCGACCUGUGGCACGUGUUAGUGCUUUUAGCGUAUGCAACCCUUUCGAUGGCCUUGAGCCUGCCUCAUCUUUCCCAAGACCAGUUCCAAUGCAAGGGCCUCUGGUUCAAGCAUCAAAACCAGAUUUUGAUAUUUGUAAAUUGUUUGAAGGGGUUUGUGGUGAGCGGUUGGUGCCUCAUAAUUGUGGCCAUGGUUGCUGUGGGACUCAAAAUGAUAGAAAUCCUCGAAGUUCUCUUUUGGGGCCAGAAUUUGUUGAAUUCUCAGAGCCUCCAUCGUUUCCAAGUUUGGAAUUGGCUGCAAUAGCCACAGAUAUAAGUAAACUUGCUUGGCUUAAGAGUGGGUUGGAGAACAGCAGUGUCAGAGCAAUGGAUGACGCAGCUGGCAGAAUAAAAUCUCAUGUAUCUCAAGUGCAAAUGAGGCAUCAUGAAGAGAGUAGGGUGAAUGGCCAUUUUUGUUUUGAUGAGGGAAACAACAGGUUAACAGGCAUGAAGACCAAUGUGUUAUCAACUUAGACACCAUUUUCUUACUGCAGUUUGAAGUUGAGGGGAUGUAGUUGAGUUCAAUUAUUCUAUCUCCAUGUUAAGUGGAUUUGCAAGGUUAAAGACAGGAGGAUCUAGAAGAUCUGUAAACUCUAGAAAAACUCAUACGUUGUGACUGUGUUGCGUGAUUAGAUAUUCUAACUUUCUCACUGGAAGACAUUAGUGACAUUGGAAGUCAUGGAUUAUAGAAUGAGAGACCAACUUCAGUUUCUUGCUGUGUUACGGGAGAGAGACCAACUUCAUCUAAUACAAAGUAAUAUGUAUUUUUUUAUGGUUUCAUUAGUUGAGCUAAUACAAAAGUAAGUAUUUCUCUGUGGUUUCAUUAAUUGAUGCAAUAUUCGAAAGUCUGACUUAUAAAUGAGACCUGUAAUUUUCAUAUGCCAAUUGUUUACAAUAGGAAGGCAUGGCAAUGUCUGUAUAGUGUGUACUAGUGGGCUGUAGUAGUGUAGUGUGUGCUCAGUUGUAUUGAACUUGUGGCAACUAUUUUUAAUUGAACAAAACUUGUCCAAAGUAUCUGCAGUCUGCUGUACCAAUCCUGUAGAAUGUAAUUUUUCUUUGCAUCAAUUUUUAAUAUUUCAAAGUUCCUAGUAAGAUUUACAUCUGAACAAUAAUUUCUUUUUA